AUGUCGACGACAGUGUCUUCGUGCGAUCCGCACGCCUGCGAGCGCCGCGCGUUCUACGGCUGCUUCGCGCUGCUGGGGGCGACGCUGACGACUUCUCAUUUCAUCGCACUCCCUGUCCUCCUCCAGAUGAUGAUUUACACCUUCCCCAUCCUCUACAUCGGGAGCCACAUGUCUCUGAAACAGAACGAAAUAGACGAAAUCACCGGCGAGAAAGCCAACAAGAGUGAGGCGAUGAACCACACCGACGCCAUGCUCUUCCCGGUCUUCGGCUCAAUCGCCCUCUGCAGCUUGUACGUUGCAUACAAGUUCCUGGACGCCUCGUGGGUGAACUUCUUGCUCACGCUCUAUUUGACGGCGAUCGGCGUCGUCGCCCUCGCGGAGACGCUUCACGUCGCACUGAUGCCGCUGUUUCCGGACUGGGCGAACGAGUCGCGGUUUUCGUUCAAGUUCUGCCUGCCGCACAUUCCCGUGUUGUGCCCGCGCCCCGACAUCUCCACGCCUGAGAAGCGCGCCGAGUACGAGGCCUCCUGCACGUACUCACUCUCCUACUCGCAGAUCUGCGCGUACCUCCUCGCGGGCGUGCUCGCCGCCGUCUGGCUGUGGAAGAAGCACUGGGCGAUCCACAACCUGUUGGGCAUCGCGUUCUGCAUCCAGGCCAUUAGCCUCGUGAGCGUCGGCAACUUCACCGUCGCGACGAUUCUGCUCUCCGGUCUCUUCGUGUACGACAUCUUCUGGGUCUUCGGCACCGACGUCAUGGUGACCGUCGCCAAGUCCUUCGAGGGUCCGGCCAAGCUGAUUUUCCCAGUGAGCCUCGACCCGUGGGCGCAGAGCAUUCUCGGCCUUGGCGACAUCGUGAUCCCCGGCGUCUUCAUCUCAAUGUGUCUCCGCUUCGAUUACUGGCUCGCGACUGCCGCGGCGACUCUGGGGGCGAGCGCGAGCCGGGCUGCAGAAGGCACGCAGGUGAAGACCGCCGCCGCCCCGGUCACCAACAUCGACAUCCACCAAAAGUUCAGCAAGUUCUACUUCUGGGUGGUGGUCAUCUUCUACGAGGCCGGCCUUCUGACCACCGGUGUGAUCAUGCUCGUUUUUCGCCACCCUCAGCCGGCUCUCCUGUACCUCGUCCCCUUCUGCCUCUUCUCUCUCUUCGGCGCCGCAGCGCUCAACGGCCAGGUCAAGGAAGUCCUCGCUUACCGUGAGGACGACGAGGACAAGCCUGCGGAGGCCAAAGACGCCGCCGGAGAGACAACCGAGGAGAAGAAGAGCAAAUAA